AUCAAAACCAAGUAGUAAAGUAAUACGCUACAAGCUUUUACUCUAGUUUUAUACUUAGAAAUGAGUUGAAAUUAAUUUGUAUUUUAAUUAAAUAUUCCUGAUCAUGGUUUUGCAAAAUACAGGAAAAUUUAGGGCAGAGAGAAGUGAUAACAAAAAGGAUGCUGGUCCAUCCACACAAUCCAGGGAAGAAUCUUCAGAAUAUCGAAUUCGUACAGCUGUUGAUAACGAUAGAAUUGACUCUAAAUAUGGGUUCGAAAGAGUACGUGAUACAAAAGAACGCACUGGCUACCUCAUUAACAUGCACACUGCUGAAAUAUUGGAUGAAGAUAAAAGACUGGUUUCAGCUAUGGACUAUUAUUUUAUUGAAAUGGAUGGCUCUCGUUUCAAAGUGUCCCUUAUGUUUCAACCUUACUUCCUUAUUCUAUCAAGAAAAGAAUGUGAACAGGAAGUUAUUCAGUAUUUGUCGAAAAAGUAUGCAGGAACUUUACAUAAAAUAGAUAUUGUUGAGAAGGAAGAUUUGGACUUGCUUAACCAUCUGUCAGGCCUAAAGCAGCGUUACAUUAAGCUCUCAUUUAUGUCACAAAAUGAAUUAACGAAAGUUAGAAGAGAGAUACUGACUGCUGUAAAUAAAAACAAAGAGAGAGAGAAGAAAGAUGCCAUUUAUUCAGAAAUGUUAACUAAUGCUUUAACCAGUGCUGCAGCUAUCGAGCAUGCUAAGAAAAUAACAGAUCAUAUGGAGAAUAUUGUUGAUAUCAGGGAACAUGAUGUGCCAUUUCACGUAAGAGUUUCAAUAGACAUGAAGAUAUUUUGCGGUACUUGGUAUACAGUGAAAAGUCGUGGUACUGAAACACCAAUAUUUACAAGAAGAGAUGAUAUAAUAGAACGACCUGAUCCUAUUGUUUUGGCUUUCGAUAUUGAGACAACGAAGUUACCACUGAAGUUCCCGGACUCACAGACAGAUCAAAUAAUGAUGAUUUCAUAUAUGAUUGAUGGACAAGGAUAUUUGAUAACUAAUAGAGAGAUUAUUUCCACUGAUGUUGAAGAUUUUGAAUAUACACCAAAACCAGAGUUUGAAGGUCAAUUCAUAAUAUUCAAUGAGGUAAAUGAACUGGCUCUCAUACAAAAGUUUUUUGACCACAUCAUGGAUGUUAAACCGCACAUAUUUGUCACAUACAAUGGUGAUUUCUUUGACUGGCCGUUUGUGGAAACGCGUGCGGCAGCGCUUGGCCUCGACAUGAAGCAGGAGAUCGGCUUCAGCAAGCUCUCCGCUAGAGACGGCACCUACGGCUGCAGACCUGCCAUGCAUAUGGACUGUUUGUGUUGGGUGAAGCGAGACUCGUAUUUGCCUGUGGGUUCUCAGGGUCUGAAGGCGGUGGCGAAGGCGAAACUGCGCUAUGACCCCGUGGAACUCGACCCUGAGGAUAUGUGCAGAAUGGCGGCGGAACAACCACAGGUGCUAUCGAACUAUUCAGUAUCAGAUGCGGUGGCUACAUACUAUCUCUAUAUGAAGUAUGUACAUCCAUUUAUUUUUGCCCUUUGUACUAUCAUUCCUUUGGAGCCUGAUGAGGUAUUACGUAAAGGCUCCGGCACGUUAUGUGAAUCUUUACUAAUGGUGGAAGCAUUCCAUGCGAAUAUCGUAUUCCCAAACAAACAAGUUGAGGAACUGAAUAAGCUGACCACGGACGGACAUGUGUUGGAAUCCGAGACAUAUGUAGGUGGACAUGUAGAGGCAUUGGAAUCUGGUGUAUUCCGUGCUGAUAUAAAAUGCAAGUUCCGUAUAGUACCAUCAGCUGUUGACAAAUUGAUGGAAAGCACAGAGAAGACGAUGAGGCAUGCGAUAGAAGUAGAGGAAGGUAUACCUCUCGAGCUGGUCACCAACUUUGAUGAGGUGUGUGCGGAAAUCAAAGCCAAGUUACAGCAUAUGAAAGACCAUCCCCGGAGAGAUGAAAAUCCAUUAAUAUACCAUUUGGAUGUAGGCGCUAUGUAUCCUAAUAUUAUAUUGACUAACAGGUUGCAGCCCUCGGCGAUGGUGAACUCCAGCGUGUGCGCGGUGUGCGACUACAAUCGCCCUGACGCCGUCUGCCAGCGGCACAUGGACUGGAUGUGGCGCGGAGAGUACUUGCCAGCAUCAAGAAGUGAAUACCAACGUAUCCAACAGCAAUUAGAGACGGAAAAGUUUCCUCCUUUACAUCCCGGAGGUCCCCCGAGAGCCUUCCACGUGCUGCCUAAAGAAGACCAGGCUGCAUACGAAAAGAAGCGUUUGGCAGAUUACUGUAAAGUGGCAUACAAGAAAACAAAAGUUACACGAACCGAAGUCAGAACUACGACAGUCUGUCAGAAGGAGAAUUCGUUUUACGUCGACACAGUACGAGCAUUUAGGGACCGUCGUUACGAGUACAAAGCGUUGAAUAAGCAAGCUAAAGCGAUGGUAACAGCGGCUAUAAAGAGCGGAGACGCAGCCGAUGUGAAGAGCGCUAAGAGCCGUGAAGUGUUAUACGACUCGUUGCAGCUCGCACACAAAUGCAUCCUUAACUCCUUCUACGGAUACGUCAUGAGACGCGGAGCUCGCUGGCACAGUAUGGAGAUGGCGGGCAUCGUGUGUUACACGGGCGCUAAUAUUAUAAUGCGAGCUCGCGAAAUCAUCGAGCAAAUUGGCCGCCCACUAGAGUUGGAUACAGACGGUAUAUGGUGUGUGCUGCCGGCCUCGUUUCCAGAGAACGUCACAAUAACGACCACACACGAGAAGAAGAAGAAAAUCAACGUAUCCUAUCCUAAUGCGGUACUUAAUGCUAUGGUUAAGGACCAUUUCACGAAUGAUCAAUACUUUGAAUUAAAAGACGCGGAGGCAAAAAUUUACGAACAACGUGCUGAGAAUUCCAUAUUCUUUGAAGUGGACGGACCCUACCUCGCCAUGGUUCUGCCCGCCUCUAAAGAGGAGGGCAAAAAACUAAAGAAGAGAUACGCUGUUUUCAAUUUUGACGGCUCACUUGCUGAACUAAAAGGUUUCGAAGUGAAACGUCGCGGUGAAUUGCAAUUAAUAAAAAUAUUCCAAUCAUCAGUGUUUGAAGCAUUUUUAAAAGGGAAUGAUUUAAAAACUUGUUAUAGUGCAGUCGCGAAAGUGGCCGAUUAUUGGCUCGAUGUGUUGUACAGUAAGGGCUCGAAUAUGCCGGACUCAGAGUUAUUCGAGUUGAUAUCAGAAAAUAGAUCAAUGUCGAAGAAGUUAGAAGAUUACGGAGGACAAAAGUCUACUUCAAUAUCUACUGCUAAAAGAUUAGCUGAAUUCCUCGGUGAUGAGAUGGUGAAAGAUGCUGGACUAGCUUGCAGGUUUAUAAUAUCUCGGAAACCAGAGGGCGCUCCAGUAACAGAGCGUGCGGUGCCUCUGGCCAUCUUCCAAUCCCCGGCUGGCGUGCGGAGACACCACCUCCGUCGCUGGCUGAAGGAUCCCACAGUAGCUGACGAUGUUGAUAUACGAGAUGUGCUGGACUGGGCCUACUAUAUAGAGAGACUGAGCGGCGCUAUUCAGAAGAUUAUUACUAUACCUGCUGCUAUGCAAGGGUUAGAUAACCCAGUACCUAGAGUGCAGUAUCCCGAUUGGCUGCAUAAGAAAAUGCUCGCUAAAACGGAUAAAUUCAAGACGAGAAAGAUCACGGACAUGUUCAGUGCUAAACCAAGAGAAAUUCAGCAAGUACAAGAUGAAGCGGGAGGAAGUCAAGAUGAAACUGGUAACACCGAAAUGGACAUUGAAGAUAUAGGAAAAACGACUACAAAUAAAAGUCCGAUCAGACCAAUAGUACACAAAGUGAAAAGAAAACGCGAGGAAUCGCCUACUAAAGAAUUCGCUACAUGGAGGGAGGCGUUAGGACCUCCACCGCCCUUCGGCGAUACAAAGGAAGAACGUAUAGCAUGGAUUGUAUUUCAAAAGAAAAAAUGGAAAUGGCAAAUGGAACAAAAGGGUUUAGCUAAUCGAAAUAAACGAGGUAAAAUUGAGAAAUCACCCGCUAUACCUAAAAGCACAGGGCCUGUUAACACUUUGGGUGGGUUUCUGAAAAGAGCUCAACGUACGUUGUUGAAUACACCCUGGCAGAUCAUACAGGUAUCAGAAACAUCAGAACCAGGUCUCUUCAGGUUAUGGGCGUUAGUGGGUAACGAGUUACAUCAGAUACGCCUGACUGUGCCGCGCACGUUCUACGUGAACCAGCGCGUGUCCCGCGGCGCGGACAGCGGCACCUACUGGAAGAAAUGCAACCGAGUGCUGCCGCGCGCGCACCCCGCCUUGCAUCUCUACCAGUAUACUGUACCUGAACAGAUAUAUAGGGAACAUCAGGAGGAAUUAAUGGGAGAACUAUCAGCGCCAGAAAUCGAAGGAAUCUACGAGACUCAGAUGAGCCUGGAAUUCAGAGUUCUAGUACAACUGGGCUGCAUCUGUACUGUCGACCCACAGGAGGCCAGAAAGAUGAUUCAAUCCGGUACAAACGUAAUGGAUAUGUUCACUUUGAGCCAACUUCAGUUCAAGAGUGUUGCACAUCAGCCAUAUUUACCUAAACAAGAUGGUGUAUCGCCUAUGAAACAUAUAUUUCUGUACCAACAUUCAGCGUUAAACUCUAGCAGAAGUAUGUGGGCGUUAAUACUGGGUCCUAUUAAGAAGGGUUACAUAUUUGUACUGGACACAGUCAAGACAAAUCAGCUCCCCAAUAUGAAUACACUGUUUGCUGCGGAACGUACAGCUAAGAUAAAGCUAGGAACGGAUGAAAGCGAGCUGGUCAGCGCGGAGCUGACAUGGGAGACGGUGGUGGAAAGUUCUGGACGCGCAGUAUGGCGCGGCGUGGGGCGUGCGUUACAGCGGUACAGAGAUGAGCGCUGUGGUGCUACGUUACUCGCGCUGCAGACUUCGUUGUCGACGGCGGCGUUGCUCACAUUGAUACCAGGUUUGUCAGAGUUUCCCUUAGUGCCGCUGCACGUACGCGACGUGGAGACUCUGUACAGUACGUUGGAGUGGCAGCGGCUGGGAGCGCGCGCCAUCGUGCGACAUUACCUCAACCUGGACUCCGUAUUGAAUAUGACUAUUGAACAAAGCAGAUAUUUCCAUGUGCCUGUAGGCAACAUGCCGUCAGACCCGACGCUGUUCGGCGCGGACCUGUUCUACGCGAGACAUCUCGUCAAGAACAACUUCGUGCUCUGGUGCUCCAACUUGGAGAGACCUGAUCUCGGCGGCAGAGAGAUCGAUGAUAAUAGGUUAGUGAGCGAAGUGGAGGAGAUGUGUGUGUGCGCGCACAGCGCGAGCGGCGCGUACGGCGUGUGCGUGGAGCUGGAGAGCGACGCGCUGAGCGUGUGCGCGCUGCUGCAGGCGCAGCACGUGCUGCACGCGGAGGGCACCAGCGCCGCCACCUCCUUCGGCGCUCACCACCACAACAUACAGGAUGCUAUCACUUCUACAGGUGCAAAUGCGACGACUAACUACGACGAGGCGGCGCAGUGCAGCGCCGCGUUUAAGAUCUUGCGCACGAUGGUGGCGGCCUGGCUGCGUGACGUCACGCAAUACAAAAACGUCUUCGCUGAUUAUCAGAUAUCGCACUUUUAUAGAUGGCUGAAGACGCCAACAUCACUCCUAUACGACCCCGCGCUGCGUCGUACUCUGUACAACCUGAUGAAGAAGCUGUUCCUCAUGCUGGUGGCGGAGUUCAAGCGGCUCGGCUCCGCCAUAGUGUAUGCUGACUUCAAUAAAAUAAUUCUCUAUACUAAGAAGAAUACUGUCAUGGAUGGUAUCGGGUACGUGGAGUUCGUGGUGCAGAGCAUCAGGAACAAGGAGCUGUUCCACGGCAUCGACAUCCGCUACAAGCAGUGCUGGUCCUACCUACUGUGGCUGGAUGAGGCAAACCACGCCGGGAUACAGGGCAAGUUGCCGGCAGGUUUAGUUGAAGUCGGCUCGUCACAGGCCCCGGCACAAAGUGAGGAAAAUUCACAAGAAGAGGGCGAGGUGACGAUGCAGUGGAACUUGGCGGAGUUCCUACCACUGGCUGUGAGGGAGCAUUUCUCUACGGCGGUGGCGGGCUUCCUCAGCGCUGCCUACUCCGCACCGGAUAAACUACCCGCUUUAGUCGCUGGAGAAAUAUCACAGAAACUGUUCCGUGUAACAGAGAAGAUAAACUUACGUAUGCCGUGUUUGCGUGCGGGCGACAUACCCGCGCAGCCGGGCGCGCGCGCGGACGCAGCGGACGCCACGCCCGCGCUGCUCUUCGUCAACGCAGUCUGCAAAGUGCUCUCAUUACACCAAUCUAUUGAUGAUCAGGUAACACUACUACGUCGCAACUUGCUCCGUCUGCUGGGUGUUGGUGAGUUCAGUAGCGCGGCGCAGUGGCGCGAGCCGUGCGCCGCCUGCCCGCUGCCGGAGAUCAUCUGCAACGUGUGCAACGCCUGCAGGGACCUCGACCUCUGCAGGGACACGCACAGGGACGUACUCAAUGACACGCCAGUGUGUCUCUGUCCCACAUGUGGAACACCAUACGAUAACCAGGAGUUGGAAUGGAGGCUGAUCGAAGUCAUGAACAGGCGGGCAAUGACUUUCACGUUACAAGACCUUGUUUGUACCAGAUGCCAUCAGGUGAAAAGAGAAAAUCUAGCAGUUGUAUGUGACUGCGCUGGUGAUUUCGCACUAAUGGUCCCACAGAAAGAAAUCCAAACUCAACUAAGUACAUUCAAGACAAUUGCUGAAUACUACAAGAUGCCGUUAUUGUUAGAACUCAUUGAAUUUAAUUUAAGUAACAUGUGAUAUAAUAUUUAAGAUGUACAGUGAGCUUUGAUAACAGUGUUCCACCUAUAGAAUGGUAAUUAAAUUAG